GCGUCGGUCAGGUGGAACUGCGGGGCGGGCCCACAGACUGCGGGGCGGACGGUGGUCGCGGUGUUCUCUCAGGUCCCACCGAUCCGACCCCUGCCGUCGCUGCUGCCAUGACGGGGCUGGCGCUGCUCUACACCGGGAUCUUUGUGGCCUUCUGGGCCUGCAUGAUCGUUGUGGGAAUCUGCUACACCAUUUUUGACCUGGGCUUCCGCUUUGAUGUGGCAUGGUUCCUGACAGAAACUUCUCCCUUCAUGUGGUCGAAUCUGGGCAUUGGCUUAGCAAUUUCGCUGUCUGUGGUUGGAGCAGCCUGGGGCAUCUAUAUUACCGGCUCUUCCAUCAUUGGGGGUGGGGUGAAGGCCCCCAGAAUCAAGACCAAGAACUUGGUUAGCAUUAUCUUCUGUGAAGCUGUGGCCAUCUAUGGCAUCAUCAUGGCGAUUGUCAUUAGCAACAUGGCUGAGCCUUUCAGUGCUACUGAUCCCAAGGCCAUUGGCCAUCGAAACUACCAUGCAGGCUACUCCAUGUUUGGGGCCGGCCUCACAGUUGGUCUUUCCAACCUCUUUUGUGGAGUCUGCGUGGGCAUUGUGGGCAGUGGGGCCGCCCUAGCUGAUGCACAGAACCCCAGCCUCUUUGUGAAGAUUCUCAUCGUGGAGAUCUUUGGCAGUGCCAUUGGCCUCUUUGGAGUCAUCGUUGCAAUCCUUCAGUCCCUGUUUGCGCCCGUUUCCUCUGCUGCCUCUGGGAAUGUCCUCUUUGUGAUGCAGCCUGUGAGGGACGUCCGGGACAGUCUCGACACGCUUCCUCUCAGGACCUCCAGAGUGAAGAUGGGUGACUAGAUGAUCUGUGGGUGGGGCCGUGCCCCACUGUUAUUUAUUGCUGGUUUUCCUGGGACAGCUGGAGCUGUGUCCCUUAGCCUUUCCUGGGCUUGGUGUUCAGGGCCCUCCUGCACUCACCUCUUGCUGCCUGUUGACUUUGGAGGCAUUGCAGUCCACACUGAACCCCAAUGUGGGGAGUGGGCUGCUGAUGGUGACUGUGUACAGCUGUGCACCUGUGUUCCCUACCCCCCAUCCAGUCCAUCUUCCUAGUGUUGGUGAAAUAAACUUGGUAUUUGUCCUGGUCA